GUUCGCAUGUGUCAUGGUAUACUCAUCGACGUGAUUGCUAUUUAUGCGAUGUUUGCCCAGUGCCUUCUUUAAUUUGCCGUCGAUUGCCAUUAAGAAAGUUGCGAUAAAUAAUUUUCCGCGAAAAAAUAUCGAAACUUGCUCUCCGAUUGUCAUCAGUGUAAAAUGUUCAAACUCCGGCUGGUCAUGUUGCUUUUCCUAGCGUUUAAUGUCGCGAAAAUCAGGAAUUAUCCCAUGGAAAAUGUCGGGGUUAAUAGUUUGUAUCCCGCUCCACAAAUUGUUCCAGGAAGACCUUUGAUUGUCAAGAAUUAUCCUGCUGUGGAAAAUUACCAAAGCGAUUUGUAUGAAGUAUAUGCGGAGCCUUAUAGUUAUGACGUCAGACCUUUAACAGCAAUCGCACUGGUACAAAGCGAGGGAGAAGGCAGCAUUUCAGGAGAAGUGUUCUUCCUGCAACGCCAUCCACCAGCAGGACCUGUUUACGUUCGCGCUAACAUAACAGGAUUGUCAGAAGGAAGACAUGGAGUUCAUAUACACCAAGCUGGAGACCUUAGAGAAGGAUGCGUCAAGUUGGGGCCUCAUUUUAACCCGUUUUUGCUUCAACAUGGCGGUCCCUCAGACCACAUCCGCCACGUAGGCGACAUGGGCAACAUCGAAGCUGACUCAGACGGUAAAGCAGAGUUCAACUAUGUCGACCCCCUGAUGUCGCUCAGUGGCGGCCCCAGGGGCAUCGUGGGCAGGGCCGUUGUGGUGACAGAGAACCCCGAUGAUUUGGGCAGGGGCGGAACAGCGAACAGUUUGAACACAGGGGACUCCGGCAAACCAUUGGCGUGCGGUAUAAUAGCAUAUGUCAACUAAAUAAAUGAUUUAAUAUUAAUUUAUUGAUUUAUGCAUUGGCGUACCUUGCUGUUUUUGAAAAAAAUAAUAAAAAAUAAAAAUGUUUCAAGAUGAUUUAAAACGCUGGGUACGCCAGUGUUUUUAAGUUUUAAGCAAAAUAUUUGCUGAUUUUUAAUAUGGAUUGUUAUAACAGUGUGGAACCAAAAGAAACUAUUUUUAAGUUUUGAUGACCA